GAGGAGAACGUCGUCGCCCCGCACAUCAGCGCGCCCGCCGCGGGCGCGCAGUGGGCGGUCGGCUCGGUGCAGACCGUCGUGUGGGACACGGCGGACGUGCCCCCCGAGGCGUGGUUCGCGCCCGGCACGCUCGUGCUCGGCCACGUCGAGGAGGGGAGCACGAACGAGCACCUCGAUCUCAUGCACCCGCUCGCGGAGGGUUUCUUACUCAUCUCGGGCAAAGCCAAGGUGACCGUGCCCUCGGUCGAGGCGCGCGACGACUACGUCGUCGUCCUCAUUGGUGAUUCGGGAAACGUGUCGGGCAAGUUCAGCAUC